CCGCUAAAAUUCAAUAUGGCUGACUUCAAGACAGCUGAGCCCUUAGAAUAUUACAGAAAAUUCCUGAAAGAAAAUAUCAGACCUGAUGGUAGAGGACUCCUGGAGUUCAGGGAAACCACGCUAAAUGCUGGUUCCAUAUCUACUGCAGAAGGAUCUGCUCUUGUUAAGCUUGGAAAUACAACUGUUGUAUGUGGAGUUAAAGCUGAACUAGCAGAACCAAAACCUGAAUUCCCCAGACAUGGAUAUAUAGUUCCUAAUGUGGACCUGCCACCUCUGUGUUCACCUCGUUUUCGUCCAGGACCACCCAGUGAACAAGCACAAGCUCUCAGUCAGUUUUUUGCUGAUGUUAUCAAAAAUUCCAAGUUGCUUGAUCUAACAGAACUUUGCAUCGCAGAAGGCAAGCUGGUUUGGGUGUUGUAUGUUGACAUGAUGUGCCUAGACUAUGAUGGUAAUAUCACUGACACAUGUAUGAUUGCCAUGGUGGCUGCACUCAAAAAUACAAGACUACACAAAAUAACUAUCAAUGAAGAAACACAAACCCCUGAACCAUCAAAAACAAGAGAUAUUCACCUUAACUUAACCUGUACUCCAGUAGCUGUUACCUUUGGAAUAUUUGAUGAUGCACAAUUGUAUAUUGACCCAACCGAUGAAGAAGACUCUCUCUCUACUGGUUCAUUGACUGUUGUGAUAACAAUGGAUGAAAAACUGGUAUCUGUACAUAAACCAGGUGGUUCCUCAAUAACAGAAGAAAAAGUCCAAGAAAGUUUUCAGCAUGCUAUUCUAAGAUCAAGAGAGGUSGACAAGCUGAUAACAUCGGCAUGUACAGAGGUAGACAGGUAGUAUAAAAUAGUCAGGAUACUACAUAUGGCACAGGGAAAUACUUUAAUAAUUAAUAUUUCCUCAAUUAAAUUCCUUUGUACACCUUUUCCUUAUAAAAACAAAUUACAGAAUAUACAUUCCUUUUCUAAAAUAUUCUAACUAGCUCAAUAAGUUAUGUCGAGAUGUUCCUAUAUUAUUCUUAGUUUAUCUACAUUACCAUAUAUUAAUAAUGCUAAUUGUAGAAUAUCAUCUUUUGAUUAAAAACUAAAGUAUUUUUUCCUGACAAAUCUCUACUCACCUUCCCCUCCCAUGGGAAAAAAAUUCUUAAUAUAUUUAUUGAGGAUUAGGUAAGUAUAUAUUCCUUUUAAAUAAGCUAUCCACUCUAUUCUCAUAUUCCCCUGGGCAGCACGGCAGUAGGAAAAAAAGUAUAUACAUAGUAUCUAUUUCCUUCAAGGUUAUCGUACUCUAUAAGAUGAAAUAAAAUUCUGUUCUAAAAAUCA